GAGCCGGGUAGUGUCCGAGCGCCGCCAUGGCCUUGAGGUACGAUGGCCUGGACGAACUGCCCGCCGCCUGCCUGUCGCCGUGUGGGCCUCCCAACCCGGCCGAACUGUACAGCGAGGAGCGGCGCUUGGCGCUCGAGGAGCUGCUGGCGGGCGGCCCCGACGCCUUCUCGGCGUUCCUGCGACGCGAACGCCUCGGCCGCUUCUUGAACCCAGACGAGGUGCGCGCCAUCCUGCGCGCGGCCGAAAGGCCCGGCGAGGAGGGCGCGGCGGCGGGGGCCGAGGACUCUUUCGGCUCGUCGCACGACUGCUCGUCCGGCACCUACUUCCCCGAGCAGUCGGACCUGGAGCCGCCGCUGCUGGAACUCGGCUGGCCCUCCUUCUAUCAGGGCGCCUACCGCGGGGCCACGCGCGUCGAGGCGCACUUCCAGCCCCGCGGCGCGGGCGCCGGAGGCCCCUAUGGCUGCAAGGACGCGCUGCGCCAGCAGCUCCGCUCGGCGCGAGAGGUGAUUGCAGUGGUGAUGGAUGUUUUCACGGACAUCGACAUCUUCCGAGACCUGCAGGAAAUCUCUCGGAAACAGGGAGUUGCUGUCUACAUCCUCCUGGACCAGGCUCUGCUCUCUCAGUUUUUGGAUAUGUGCAUGGAUCUGAAAGUUCAUCCCGAAGAAGAAAAGCUGAUGACUGUCCGGACGAUUACAGGAAAUAUUUACUACGCCAGGUCAGGAACUAAAAUUGUUGGGAAGGUUCAUGAAAAGUUCACACUGAUUGAUGGCAUUCGUGUGGCUACAGGCUCCUACAGUUUUACAUGGACAGAUGGCAAACUAAACAGCAGCAACUUGGUGAUUCUGUCCGGCCAAGUGGUUGAACACUUUGACCUGGAGUUCCGAAUCCUCUACGCACAGUCAAAGCCCAUCAGCUCCAAGCUCCUGUCCAGCUUCCGGAUCAGUGGCAGGUUUGACCAUCUUGUCGAGCAGAAACUGCUGUCUAAGGAGCUCACACUGGGCAACCUGCUGCGGCUGCGGCUGGCCAGGCUCUCGAGCACUCCCCGGAAGGCCGAGCUGGGUGGCGAGGAGGGCCGGGCAGAGGCUGGGUGCGGGGCCUCCAAGGCCUCCACCAUCAGCGAAGAGGACUACUUCAGCAGCCGCAGGGACAGGCUGGAGGGCAGGAGGGCGACUGAUGCCGCCACUCAGACAGAGCCAGGAGAGGAGACACCCGCUGUGAGCAUGAGUGACGUGGGGACACAAGCCAGCGCGGCCAUGGCAUGCGCCGGCACCCAGACCGCAGUGGCCACCAGGGUGGUGAGCUCCCAAACCGUGGUCCCGACCACAUCGGCCACUACCCAAACUGACGUGGACGAGGGUGUUCUCGCCUCUCCGGGAAGCCAGUCUAAGGAAGCGUCACCAGUAUCAAAGAUGUCUGUGUCGCGCUCCUCCAGUUUGAGAUCCUCCUCCUCUCUGUCCUCCCAAGGCUCCGUGGCCAGCUCCAUCGGUUCCCAGACUUCCUUCAGAUCCACUGACUUUGCCACGCCUGGACACCCUAAGUACUGGAGCACCCCCCACUUCGAUCUGUGCUUCAGAGACUCAUUCAGAAACUUGAAUAAAGAGAGACAGUUUCACUUUGCUGGGAUCAGGUCCCGGCUCAACCACAUGCUGGCCAUGCUUUCAAGAAAAACAUUCCUUACUGAAAACUACCUUGGUUUUAAUUCCGGAAGUUUUGCCAGAUCAUCCACUAACUUGCUGGCAGUUCGAGAAAUCACGCUUUAUCCAUCUUAUCAGUGACAGCUCCACACAUUCAGAGCUCCUGGCCUCAAACAGCCUUGCAGUAGAUGUCAUUGGAGCAUCCCGCUUUCCAGAAUGUCUCCUGUCCUCAUUGCCUUUCCUUCACUCUGAUUUUCUUUGAACUCUAUGAGCUGCAUGGUAUUUUAUGUGCUUUAUGUUUAUUUUAUCAUGUAUAAACCCAGUCUUGGUUUUAUGGUUUAAACACUAUGGGUACAGUUUCUUUGCACAAUUUUAAUAUGGAUAGCUCUUCAAGAGAAUGUUUCAGGGUUCUCAGGUAAUUCAGGUAAGAGAUAAAAUAUGUGUUGCAUUUUUAGAUUUAUGUGCUCUAUUGUUUUAGAGGUUUGAAUUACUAGUUUUCAUGAUCAAAAUCCUGUUCAGGAAAAAAACUCAAAACUCUGUUUCUUAGGUGUGUCCCUUCUUGAGGAUAUCUGUGUUCUUAGCAUUAAAUAGAUGUAAACAAA